AUGGCUUCGAUAAAGGCCGUUAACACCAAGGCUGAGGUGGCUCGGGCCCAGGCUGCCUUGGCUGUCAACAUAUGUGCUGCGCGAGGGCUGCAGGAUGUGCUGCGGACCAACUUGGGUCCCAAGGGCACCAUGAAAAUGCUUGUUUCUGGAGCAGGUGACAUCAAACUCACCAAAGACGGAAACGUGCUGCUUCACGAGAUGCAAAUUCAACACCCAACAGCUUCCUUAAUAGCAAAAGUAGCAACAGCCCAGGAUGACAUCACAGGAGAUGGUACCACUUCCAAUGUUCUAAUUAUUGGAGAGUUACUAAAACAAGCUGAUCUGUACAUUUCUGAGGGUCUGCACCCUAGAAUAAUAGCUGAAGGCUUUGAAGCUGCCAAGAAAAAGGCCCUAGAAGUUUUGGAGAAACUUAAAGUAGGGAAGGAGAUGAAAAGAGAAAUCCUUUUAGAUGUGGCUAGAACAUCUCUGCGGACUAAAGUUCGUGCUGACCUGGCUGAUGUGUUAACAAAGGCUGUGGUGGAUUCCGUUUUGGCUAUUAGAAGACCAGGUUACCCCAUUGAUCUCUUCAUGAUAGAAAUCAUGGAGAUGAAGCACAAGUCAGAAACAGAUACAAAGUUGAUCAGAGGCUUAGUUUUGGACCAUGGUGCCCGUCAUCCAGAUAUGAAGAAACGAGUAGAAGAUGCAUUUAUCCUUACUUGCAAUGUAUCACUAGAAUAUGAGAAAACAGAAGUGAACUCUGGUUUCUUUUAUAAGACUGCAGAAGAAAAAGAAAAAUUGGUAAAAGCUGAAAGAAAGUUUAUUGAAGACAGGGUACAAAAGAUCAUAGACCUGAAAGACAAAGUCUGUGAUAAGUUCAAUAAAGGAUUUGUUGUUAUUAAUCAAAAGGGAAUUGAUCCAUUUUCCUUAGAUACUCUUGCAAAACAUGGAAUAGUAGCUCUCCGCAGAGCAAAAAGAAGAAAUAUGGAAAGACUGUCUCUUGCUUGUGGUGGAAUAGCUGUGAAUUCUCUGGAAGACCUCAGUGUAGACUGCUUGGGCCAUGCUGGUCUUGUAUAUGAGCACACAUUAGGUGAAGAAAAGUUUACUUUUAUUGAGGACUGUAUUAACCCUCGCUCGGUCACCCUGUUGGUCAAAGGCCCAAAUAAGCACACCCUCACACAAACCAAGGAUGCUAUAAGAGAUGGACUUCGUGCCAUCAAAAACGCCAUUGAAGAUGGCUGUGUGGUUCCGGGGGCAGGUGCAGCUGAAGUGGCAAUAGCUGAAGCCCUUAUUAAGUAUAAGAGCAAAAUAAGAGGAGGAGCUCGUCUUGGAGUGCAAGCUUUUGCUGAUGCCUUACUAAUUAUUCCCAAGGUUCUUGCUCAGAAUUCUGGUUAUGACCCGCAGGAAACACUGGUAAAAGUCCAGGCUGAGCACGUAGAAUCAAAACAACUUGUUGGCAUAGACUUGAAUACAGGUGAACCAAUGGUAGCAGAAGAUGCAAGGGUUUGGGAUAAUUAUUGUGUGAAAAAGCAACUUCUUCACUCCUGCACAGCGAUUGCCACCAACAUCCUCCUGGUUGAUGAGAUUAUGCGAGCUGGGAUGUCUUCUCUCAAAGGGUGAAUUCAAAAUCAA